UGGUAAAAACUUCAACAUCGUUACUCGACAAAAUAUUUUCUUUCAACGCGACUCAUCGUUCAGAAAAAAUCUCAAUCACAUUAUUGUUAAAAGAAUUGAGAGAUAUUUCCUUAAAAAUGGGUGUAGAAAGUACGGAUGUUGAAAUGAAAAAUGCGGAUAGCCCUGCAGCUCCGAAUAGUGUAGAAGCAAGCGGCGAUGGAAAACGUGAUACGGACUUGCAAAGUAUUCAAGAAAUACGCGAACAUUUACGUCAAAUUGAAAAGGCGGUUAGUAGUAAAGAAAAUCGUUUCGUUUCGCGCGUUUUAAGAUGUUUGCCGAAUACGCGUCGUAAAUUAAAUGGGAUUGUCUUAAAAGGUCUCAUCAACCAAAUCUAUCCGGUUGCCGAAAGAGAUUCUUUGUUGUCUUUUGUUGUUGAAGAGGCGGUUGGGGAAGUUGAACAACCUGGUACAUCGAGAGUUCGUUCGGCUAUUAAAACACCGGUUCCUGAAGUGGAUGCUUAUGUUCACUUAUUGAUUUUGGUAAGAUUAAUUGAUGUUAAUAAAUUGGAGGAUGCUUCAAGAUGUUGUCAAGCUUUAAUAACUAAAAUUACCUCGCAAAAUCGUCGUACUUUGGAUUUAAUUGCUGCAAAAUGUUACUUUUAUCAUUCAAGAGUAGCCGAAUUAACGAAUAAUUUAGAUGGAAUCCGAGCGUUUUUACAUGCACGGUUAAGAACCGCUACAUUAAGAAACGAUUUUGAAGGACAAGCUGUUUUGAUAAACUGUUUAUUAAGAAAUUACCUUCAUUAUUCUUUAUACGACCAAUCAGAUAAGUUGGUUAGUAAAUGUGUUUUUCCAGAAACUGCAAGUAAUAAUGAAUGGGCGAGAUUUCUUUAUUAUUUGGGUCGUAUUAAAGCGGCUCGAUUGGAAUACAGUAUUGCUCAUAAACAUUUAGUACAAGCAAUGAGAAAAGCACCACAAAAUGCAGCAGUUGGUUUUCGUCAGACCGUUCAAAAAUUCUUGGUUGUUGUUGAACUCCUUCUUGGAGAUAUCCCCGAGCGUCAAAUAUUCCGCCAAGCAAGUAUGCGCCAUUCUUUGGCACCAUAUUUCCAAUUAACGCAAGCAGUUCGCAUGGGAAACCUCCAAAGAUUUGGUGAAGUACUCGAAAAUUUUGGCCCCCAAUUUCGUCAAGAUCACACCUUCACUCUAAUUCUUCGUCUUAGACACAAUGUUAUUAAAACAGCAAUUAGGGCGAUUGGUUUGUCUUAUUCGAGAAUUUCCCCUCAAGAUAUCGCCAAGAAAUUAGGGUUGGAUAGUGCUGAAGAUGCUGAAUUUAUUGUAGCUAAAGCAAUUCGCGAUGGUGUUAUUGAAGCCACAUUAGAUCCUGAAGGGGGGUAUAUGAGGAGUAAAGAGAGUACUGAUAUUUAUUGUACUAAAGAACCGCAUUCGGCUUUCCAUCAAAGAAUUUCUUUUUGCCUUGAUUUGCAUAAUCAAAGUGUUAAGGCGAUGAGAUAUCCUCCAAAAGCUUAUGGAAAAGAGUUGGAGUCUGCCGAGGAGAGACGUGAAAGAGAACAACAAGAUUUGGAGCUGGCUAAAGAGAUGGCUGAGGAAGACGAUGAUGGAUUCCCUUAAAAUAUAUUUUUUAUUGAUACAUAAAGCAAAUUUGAGUGUUUUACUGAUUUUUGAAGGUUAAUUUUUUUUCAUUGUAAUCAUUUGUAUUUAUUAAAAUUAGUGAAAAAAUUA